CUUUGGCAGUUGAUUGCACUCUGCACUACAAACAAAUCCAGGAAUGAUAUAUUCUUGGGCUCUAUUUCUCUCCCUGGAAUUCAUCCCUUUCCUUCCAGAAACACUGACCCUCUGCUUAUUCUGACACAUUCUCGGUGAAGAUCUGAUGGAAGACCCUUUCUGUUGACCUUGCAGCUUGAUUCUUUUGUGUGGAAGUUGGAAGACAAAGUGAAAGGGGCCAGAAGUUACCUGCUUUGGUGAUUACAAGUGCUCCACUUGGUUCUCAGAACAUGGGCCCUCGCUUAAAGCUGCAGCUGUGAUCCUCGGCUGUCUGUCGGCAUUGAAGGGACCUGAUGUUUUACGUUAUUGGCGGAAUCACAGUAUCUGUGGUUGCAUUCUUCUUCACAAUUAAGUUCCUCUUUGAGCUUGCUGCACGUGUAGUCAGCUUCCUCCAGAAUGAGGACCGUGAGCGUCGAGGGGACCGGACUAUUUAUGACUAUGUGCGAGGAAAUUACCUGGAUCCCCGGUCUUGCAAAGUCUCCUGGGAUUGGAAGGACCCCUAUGAGGUGGGCCACAGCAUGGCCUUCCGAGUGCAUUUAUUCUAUAAGAAUGGGCAACCUUUCCCUGCACAUCGGCCUGUGGGACUAAGAGUUCACAUCUCUCAUGUUGAGCUAGCAGUGGAAAUCCCCGUAACUCAGGAAGUCCUUCAGGAGCCCAAUUCCAAUGUAGUGAAGGUGGCCUUCACUGUGCGCAAGGCUGGGCGUUAUGAAAUCACAGUGAAGCUUGGUGGAUUAAAUGUGGCCUAUAGUCCCUACUACAAAAUUUUUCAGCCUGGAAUGGUGGUUCCUUCUAAGACCAAAAUUGUGUGCCAUUUUUCGACUCUUGUGUUGACCUGUGGGCAGCCACACACUCUACAAAUAGUGCCCCGAGAUGAGUAUGACAACCCUACCAACAAUUCCACAUCUUUGAGAGAUGAGCACAAUUACAGUCUGUCCAUUCAUGAGCUUGGCCCUCAAGAAGAAGAGAGUACUGGUGUCUCAUUUGAGAAGUCAGUUAUGUCCAACAAGCAGACUUGCCAGGUGUUUUUGAGACUCACGCUGCAUUCUCGUGGCUGUUUCCAUGCCUGCAUUUCAUAUCAAAAUCAGCCAAUCAAUAAUGGCGAAUUUGACAUUAUUGUUCUAAGUGAGAAUGAGAAGAAUAUUGUCGAACGCAAUGUGUCCACCUCAGGUGUGAGCAUUUACUUUGAAGCUUAUCUUUAUAAUACCAACUGUACCAGCACUCCUUGGCACCUUCCACCCAUGCACAUGAGCUCUUCCCAGCGUCGACCCUCCACAGCUAUAGAGGAGGAAGAUGAAGAUUCGCCCUCUGAGUGCCACACUCCUGAGAAAGUGAAGAAACCGAAGAAGGUGUAUUGCUAUGUGUCACCAAAGCAAUUCUCAGUGAAGGAGUUCUACCUGAAAAUCAUCCCCUGGCGCCUUUAUACCUUCCGAGUAUGCCCAGGAACAAAAUUUUCCUACCUUGGCCCUGACCCUGUCCAUAAACUCCUCACAUUGGUGGUAGAUGAUGGCAUUCAGCCUCCUGUGGAGCUCAGUUGUAAGGAGAGGAACAUUCUAGCCGCCACUUUCAUCUGCUCCCUCCAUAAGAAUAUAGGAGGCUCUGAGACCUUUCAGGACAAGGUGAACUUUUUCCAGCGAGAGCUUCGGCAGGUACAUAUGAAAAGACCACAUUCCAAAGUCACCCUGAAGGUCAGCAGACACGCCUUACUGGAAUCGUCUCUGAAAGCCACUCGGAAUUUCUCUAUCUCAGAUUGGAGCAAGAACUUUGAAGUGGUUUUCCAGGAUGAAGAAGCUCUGGACUGGGGAGGGCCUCGGCGAGAAUGGUUUGAGCUAAUCUGCAAAGCCUUAUUUGACACCACCAAUCAGCUCUUCACCCGGUUCAGUGACAACAACCAAGCAUUAGUGCAUCCCAACCCUAAUCGCCCUGCUCACCUGCGUCUGAAGAUGUAUGAGUUUGCAGGGCGGCUUGUUGGCAAGUGUCUUUAUGAGUCCUCUCUAGGAGGAGCCUACAAGCAGUUGGUUCGAGCUCGCUUCACCCGUUCUUUCCUGGCCCAAAUCAUAGGACUGCGUAUGCAUUACAAGUACUUUGAAACAGAUGACCCAGAAUUCUACAAAUCUAAAGUUUGUUUUAUCCUCAACAAUGACAUGAGUGAGAUGGAGCUGGUCUUUGCAGAAGAGAAAUAUAACAAAUCAGGUCAAUUAGAUAAGGUUGUAGAACUCAUGACUGGUGGAGCCCAAACCCCAGUAACCAAUGCAAAUAAAAUCUUCUAUUUAAAUUUGCUGGCCCAGUAUCGGCUGGCCAGUCAAGUGAAAGAGGAAGUGGAACAUUUCCUAAAAGGCCUAAAUGAGUUGGUCCCUGAGAACCUGUUGGCUAUUUUUGAUGAGAAUGAACUUGAGCUGCUGAUGUGUGGGACUGGAGACAUCAGUGUAUCUGACUUCAAAGCCCACGCAGUAGUUGUUGGUGGCUCAUGGUAUUUCAGAGAAAAGGUCAUGAGGUGGUUUUGGACUGUGGUUUCCAGUUUGACCCAGGAGGAGUUGGCUCGGCUACUUCAGUUCACAACAGGCUCCUCUCAGCUACCACCUGGAGGCUUCGCCGCCCUCUGUCCCUCAUUUCAGAUCAUUGCUGCUCCAACCCAUAGCACGCUACCUACUGCACACACAUGUUUUAACCAGCUGUGCCUCCCUACGUAUGACUCCUAUGAAGAGGUGCACAGGAUGUUGCAGCUGGCCAUCAGCGAGGGUUGUGAGGGCUUUGGCAUGCUCUGACCACUCUCCUGCCAUCUACUUGGCUCUCAUGCUCUCUGGAGCAUCCAAGCACACAUUACAGACAUCAUAACCACUGGCUCUGACACUCAUAACCAUCAGCCAGAAGAUGCUACAUGUUCUCCUGUGUUUGGAGUACUUUGUCACCUACAAGCCUUGUCCUUACCUCACCCUCUCCCUGCCCAUGUCCACCACAGGCCACUUUGGUAAGCUGAGCUCUCCAUUCAGUUAUGAGAAGAGGACUGCACCAUUGUCAUUUCAUUUGGUUGCUUGAAGAACUCAGUAGCUGAGGGAGAUUACACACAGAGCUUGGCUGUGUUGGGAAGCUGCUGUGCAGUGAGCCUUAAAUCCACACCGUGCUCCACCUCCCUCUGCAGAUGCUUCUUGGAGGUGCCCUCUUUGGCCCUUACUACUUAACCAGACUGGUACAUGAGUCUUUCUUGUGGGUAGGAUGAUCGCUUCUCCUAAUCAGGAGCCAGGAGAGGCACAGAUAGGAAGUGGCAUGUGAGCAGUCUUUGGUUUUGUCUCCCUGCACAAUGGCAGGCACAGGCCGUGGUACUGGACUACCUCUAAGGAGGACUGAUAGCACAAAAGGAUCUUUUUUUGUGGUGUCAGAACUGGAAAAGGCAUUUUCCCUUCAGGCAUUUCUGGAAAUGAUUAUUAACCAUAACGCAGAACUCUCUAAGCUUUUUCUUGAGUUUUAGCCAGUGAGAAAAGCAGAUAGAUUGAAGAAUGUGAAGGAUAGCUGAGCCGUGGCCCCCAGUGCUUACUCUGAUUCUCUUUUAGGGUGAGGGGUCAUGUCUAGGCACUUGACUACUGGAUGCUUUUCCCUUAGUUUGUCCUUUGGGCUGAGGUGUGGCUGUGCAGGACCACUGACCUCCACGUUAAGUGGUCUGCAAAGAACUUAAUAGAGAAAGUUCUAAAGAAAAUUUUGUAGCAAAAGAUUGAAAUAGUAAGAAUAGCACGCCACCAAUCCCUGAUUCUGUCUGUGCUUGGCAUACUCUGGUGGCACUAAGACAAAGGAAUGGGGAUCAGGAGUUUAAGUUCUUAUCACAGGCCCCUGGGGUCAGGACACUGGGGACAGAUGAUAGGCUGGACAGUAAACAUCUGGCCAUCCCCCAUACAUGUACUUCCCUUCACUCCGUCAGUUACCAGGAAGGAGAACUAAGGAGGGAGGAAGCUGUACUAGGUUCCCCAUGCAGUGACGAUUGAAGAGUACCUGCUGCUGUCUCUUGGAAGAUGACAACACCCUUUUCGUUACUGUUUUAAUGAAAACAAUUUCAAGCCUCAAAAUCUCAUCGACUUCCCAGAUUUCUGUUUUCAAGAAGGCUUUGUUGCAAGCUACCAUUCCCAAUGGGGCCCUCAUCUCUGAGAAUGUUACAAGCCAUCUUUAUUGCCAAAACCAGCAAGUACACAGAGUCCUGAGACAAGGCAGAACUUGUGGCAGUGCCUUGGCCUCCUGGAAGCAUGUCUGAGCCCUCCUGUUCCCAGGGAUCAUAUGAAACAAGCCCUCCUGAGCUGCUGCAGUUCCUGCCUGACCUCGCUCCUUUGCAGUUGUCAUUUGUCCUUUCUUGGCAUGGGUGCUGACCUCACCUGUCCUUGGGGUCUGGGAUCUGGCAGCAAGAUCUCUACACCCUAGGAUCCUCCAUGCCAUAUGGUCACUGCUCUCCUCAGGGACCAGGACAAGGUGCUGCUGCUUGCCCCAAUUUUUUCCCAUGGGAUAUGUACAGGAAAGCUUAGUUAUCACCCUGGGAAACAUGAUGCUGCCCCUUGGGCCCGGAUAUGGGUUUCCAGCUGGGGGCAUGUGGGUUGGUUCUGCUGUUUUUGGCAGUUUUUCCUCAUCUGGAUUUUGCAUUCUCCCCUCCGGCAGCCCUCCAGAGAUUGAUGCUGGAGAUUGAGUUGAUUGUCUUGGCUAGAUCUAUCAUUUUAAGCUCUAGUCACAGCACUUUUUCAGAGCAUCCUAGGCACCAUUGCAGCCCAUCUGGGGCAGCUGCGUUCAGAAUCUUUGUUUAACAAAAUCCUUUGGUACUGUUGUGGUUUUCUAUUCUUCCAUUAUUCUGUGUGUCUCCUAAUUCUAUUCAAAAUUAUCUUUGCUCUUUUUGGCUUUCCUUUCACCUUUUCUCUAAUCCUGCUUUGGUACUAGCCAGUGUGGGAAAAAUGAACACUGUGUCAGAGAGCAGGGAGGGUUUGCUAUUUGGGGG